UGGCAUUAACAGAAAAGGGUAUGCGCACUUCCUAACACGCCCUUUUUAUUACUCUCUUCAAACCACAAAACAAAAAAAAAAAUCAAUUUCAUACUUUUCAUCUCUAUGUAUUUCAAUCAUAUCUCUUACAAACCCUAACAACUAGAGCACUAUUUAGUCUGUUUUGUGGAUCCUAAUAAGGUAUUUUAACUUUUUCUGAGCAUCACCGGGUCGAUAAACGGGUCUAUUUGAGGUUUUGAGCUAAGAGCUGAGUGUUCGGUUAUCCUGGUAACGUUCUAGAAACUUGUAUUGAUUGUUUGUGUAUUUGUGAAGUUGGGUUUUAGUUGGUAAAACCUGAGAUCAGACUAUUAUUAUGGAAUUUAAGUUGUUAUGGAUCAACGGGAUUGUUUAAGUUGUAAUAGAUGCUUUUGAUAGUGUUUACUUAUAGAGUGAAACUUAAGGGCUAAUUUGAAUAUUCAAAAGAAAUUGAAGGGUUAUUUUGGUGAAGUUUUAGAAUUGAUGACUAAGCUGGGUCUAGAGAAGAACGGGAUUGUUUAAGUUGUAAUUGAUGCUUGUUACAGUAGUACCGUUAUAGACUGAAAUUUAAGGGCUGUUUUGAAGAUUUUAAAGAAAUUUAGGGGUUGUUUUGGUGAAGGAGGUUAAGUUUUGGAAAUGAUGUCUAUGGAAAGAUCUGAGUUUUAAUUGAUGCUUGUGACAGUAAUACAGUUUGAUAUUGUUUUCUUAUAUAGUGAAAGUUAAGGGCUAUUUUUGAAUAUUUGAAAGAAAUUGAAGGGUUGUUUUGGUGAAGUUUUGGAAACCGUGUCUGUGGAAAGAUCUGAGUUGUAAUCGAUGCUUGUUGUAGUAAUACAGUUUGAUACUGUUUUGUUAGAGAGUGAAUUUUAGGGCUAAUUUGAAUAUUCAGAAGAAAUUGAAGGGUUAUUUUGGUGAAGGAAGUGAGGUUUAGGAAAUGAUGUCUGUGGAGAGAUCAUUUGAAGCAUGGGAAGAGGUUCAAAGGCAUGGGCAAGACUUAGCGGAUAAGCUUGCUCAAGGAGUUACUGGUUUGAUUCAGUCGCAUAUUACUCCUCCGUCGUUUCCAUGGCCUUAUUCUCAAAGUUCCAAGCUUUUUGAUGUAGAGUUCCCGAGUCAAAAUUUCAUUCCAAGGGAUUUUGGGAUAGCUGUGGAUAAAUCUGCAAUUGCUGGGGUUUCAGCAAUUUUCGAUAUGGGGAAUAGAAUAGGACAAGCUUCCAAGAUUUUCGAUGUAGAGUUGCCAAGUCAAAAUUUCAUUCCGAGGGAUUUUGGGAUAGGUGUGGAUAGCUCUGCAAUUCCAGUGGUUUCAUCAAUUCUUGAUAUCGGAAACAGAAUAGGGCAGGCUGGAGCAGACUUCGGGGUUUGCUUGAAUGGAAUGGUUCACCAGUUUCUCAGGAAGUUGCCGGUGCCUUUUCGGCAAGAUGAGCAUUUAGGAUCCUCUUUGAUGGCUGUGACAGAUAGCCAAAGAGCUGAUCUAAGUAUUACCCUGCAGGAGGAUUUGGGGUCGUUGGCCGAAAGAUUCAGGGGAUAUGGGUAUACUGAAGAGGAUUCAGCCGAAGAUAGACCAAGUGAAGAGGAGUUUUUUGGUGUUAAUUUGAAGGCAUUCAAACAUUUUGGCAGAUCACAGGGUACAAUCAACUUUUCAUCAACAUAUGAAAGUAGGACCGGGAAUGUAGAAAGUUCUGUGGCUGCUAGAGGAGAUUUAUGGAGAGUAGAGGCAUCACAGGGCAGUUCCACAUCAGGAAAUGAAAAUUCUUCCCUGUUCCUUGUCCAACUUGGCCCAGUACUUUUUGUCCGUGAUUCAACACUACUUCUGCCAGUUCACUUGUCUAAGCAGCACCUUCUUUGGUAUGGCUAUGACAGGAAGCGUGGGAUGCAUUCUCUUUGUCCAGCUGUUUGGUCAAAACAUCGAAGGUGGCUGCUUAUGUCGAUGAUUUGUCUUAAUCCUUUUGCAUGUUCGUUUAUGGACUUGCAGUUUCCAAAUGGUCAAAUAACUUAUGUAGCUGGGGAGGGUUUUUCCACCAGUGCCUUUUUACCUCUAUGUGGAGGUUUGCUUCAAGCCCAGGGCCAAUACCCCGGGGAUCUCAAGUUCAGUUUCUCUUGCAAGAAUAAAUGGGGAACAUGCAUUACGCCGAUGGUGCAUUGGCCCGACAAAUCAUGUAGCCUUGGGGUUACCCAGGCUUUAGCUUGGAAGAGAUCUGGUCUCAUGUAUAGGCCAACUGUUCAAUUAAGUGUAUGCCCGACAUUUGGUGGGAGCAGCCCCGGUUUGCAGGCAGAAAUCACACAUUCUCUAAAGGAAGAACUAAAUAUCAUCUGUGGCUGUGCACUUGCAACACACUCUUCUGCUUUUGCAUCUUUAGCUCUUGGGCGAUCAAAGUGGAAUGGAAAUGUUGGGAGCUCAGGGGUGGUUGUUAAGGUUGAAACCCCUCUUGGCAACAUUGGCAGGCCUUCCUUCUCCGUUCAGUUGAACAGCGGCAUCGAGUUUUAAUACAUGAAGAAAUUUCUCCUGCCCAAAAGCUACAUAAUACAGCAAUCAACUGUAAAUAGCCUAUGCCUUCAGUAUGGCAAUGAAGGACUGUCGCGUGUAUAGUUCAACAUCUAAACUCUGUACUGGUAUUAUUUUUCUUUAAUUGCGAAACGGUGAAAUUGGCUCUAUAGUUACAAAGAUAAGCAUAUUUACGUUUCCUCUUUUAGAAGUCUAAGCUCGUUGUACAGCUUUUUGUUCCGAAUUGACUGAUUUAGACUCCUUUUGAUCGAAAUUAACUGGUUUUCUUCCUUUCA